AUGGAUUCAAGGGGUGAGCUGUUUAACGCCUUCGACCACCACAACCUGUUGACGCCAUCGGCUUCAUCGUCUGCUGGGAUCAUCCCGAGCAAAUCGAACUCCAUCAACGGUAUAUCGCCUAUCUCUCGCAGAAUGCGUCCCCGCAUAGAGAAUUCCAUUGGUGACGAUGCCAUGGAAAGCUGUGGCUAUCUGAAGUUCACGGACGACAACAUGAAAUCGAGCUUUCUGCAGAACCUCAGCACGAUGCGCAAGAACCGUCUCUUCUGCGACGUGAUCUUGCUAGUGGAAAACACAGAAAUCCAUGCGCACCGGAAUGUGCUAGCCUGCGUGUCCCCGCAGCUGAUGGAGCUGUUCACCCCGGAUGCGGGAACGCUGAACGGUGGUGUGACCGCGGCCAGUGACGGUAAGCUGCCGUGUUACCGGUUGAACGGACAGAUCACGAAGCACGGCUUGAUGUAUCUGGUCGAGUACGCCUACACCGGAUCAUUGGAAGUGCCCGAUGAGAUGAUCCGCGAUGUCUAUCUCGCUGCCUGGCAGCUGAAGAUCGAUAGUGUGGUGAAGGAAUGCGCGCGCCAUCUGGUGGGCGAGCUGGAACCGGACAUCUGCAUCGAGACGCGCUCGCUGCCCGGCAUCGAGCGGAACCGGCGCUUUGUGCAGGAGGUGGACGCGUACAUUGCGAAACACUUUCACCUCGUAUCGGAGACGGCCGGCUUCCUGCAGCUGCCCUGCGUCCUGAUCGAGGUGCUCUAUCAGACGCGCCAGGAGAUGUCGCUUGUCGCGGAGAGCUCCCUUGGCCGGCUGGUCGUCGACUGGAUCCGCCGGCAGAUGACGGAUGAGGACGUUUCAGUGUCAGCCCUGCUGGAGCGCUCGCAUAUGCUCUAUCUAGCGCUGGACAACUCGUUGCAGGACUGUGCCGACCUGCCACCAGGGCAGGAGUCAGAAAGCGAUCUGGUGCAGGACUACAAGCGUCUGGUGCUGAAGUGCCCGAGCAACAAGAAACAUCGGAAGGCGCUCAAGACACCAGGGCGACCACGCAUGAUUCUUUACAGCCGGGAUAUCGGCGAUCGCAGUGAAGCUACCGAUUCGGCUACGACCGAGAUGGAUUGGAGUUUGGUGGGCUGCAGCAAGCUUUCCGAUCACACGUAUGUCGCGCUUGUCACAUUGAAUGGCAAUUUGACGCGAUUGUCGAUCCAGCUGCGGCUGAAUGUCCCUACGACGCCCUCUCCAAUUAACACACCAGACGUCAUGAGUACCAGUGUCAGCCGGGAUGAAGACCUAAGCGAGAGCCAACAACCGGAGCUAUUCUGCGAGGUUGCAACCAUGUCUGGGCCGAAAUGUGGCCUCGGAGUGGCUGAGCUCGAAGGGAAGCUGCUCGUGUGUGGUGGAUAUGACCGCGCCGAGUGCCUGCGGUCUGUGGAAUCCUACUGCCCGGAGACAAACAGCUGGACACAACAGUCUAAUAUGAGCGAGGCGCGAGGUCGCGUGCAGAUAGCCGUUAUUGACGGCACAGUAUUCGCCGUCGGUGGCUGCAACGGGACGACGGAGCUGGAUUCGGUUGAGUGUCUAUCGAAAGCGGAACGAAAAUGGAAGAAAAUGUGCAAGCUACCUCUCGCCCGCAGCAACGCGGGCGUGUGUGCACUGAAUGGCAAAAUAUUCUGCAUCGGUGGAUGGAACGGACAGAGUGGCAUCAAGCAGUGUGACGUGCUGAAACCGGAUGAGAACCGAUGGUUCUCGGUAGCCCCGCUAAAUACGGGCCGCUAUCAAGCUGGAGUGUCACCGUACGGUGGCAAACUGUGGGUUGUCGGGGGCAGUGACGCUUGGAACUGUCUCGGGUCGGUGGAAGUGUACGAUCCGGAAUCGAACCAAUGGACGUUUGGACCGUCGCUGCUGACCGCUAGGCGCGGAUGUGGCUUAGCCGAGUUUAAUGGAAGGCUUUACGCGGUCGGAGGCAGUGAUGGCACGCAUUCGCUAAACUCGACUGAGUGUUACGACGAGGAGAGCAAAUGUUGGAUCGCUGGUCCAAAUCUAUCAUCGCCGCGUUCGAACGUAUCUGUGGCCGUAGUGCAAAAUCGACUGUAUGCGAUCGGUGGCUUUUCCGGCAAGACGUUCCUCAGCACUGUCGAGUACCUAGAUUCGGCUACGAACGAAUGGACCACUUUUGUGCCACAAACGAGCACCAACAUCGACUCUCUGCUGGAGAACUCUCUUCGGGCGGCCCUGCAAAACGUGCGAUCUUCGUCUUCCACCUCAUCGUCACCGGACCAUCUGAGUGGCAAUGGUAAUGGUAACGAGAACACCUUCAAACCGAUACACACCGCCCUAAACAACGAGUACAACCUGCAGCAACACUCACCGAAGGUAACAACCGGUGGGCAGCGCGAAAUAUUGUAUGCAACGGCGCAGAACAAUAGCAAAAUGGAGUCUACUUUACUGGCCAGCAAAACGGCUUUGCUGGACGACGAGCAGGAUGAUCAUAGCAUCGAAGAACUGGGCAGCAAAGGUGCGAUCAAGACAUCCCAGGAGAGUGGUAUUAGCUUGCUGCAGCAGCUGGCCGCCAACAAGUGCACCGAAAUAGCAACGGCCGGCAAUCAAUCCAGCUAACCGACGCUGGUACCAACCGCUGAGACCGUAGUUUCGCUCGACGCAGCCUGUAGCGGAAUCGUCGUAACCGAUGUCGAUAACGACAACGAUGAUCUGCAUGUUGACGACACAGUUGAAGUAAAUUAGUUUCCACGCAUUUGCGUACUUGCCAAUCUCGGCUGGUUCUUGAAAAGUUGUAAGAAUUUUCUUAUUGGUUAUAUUUUAACUAAAAUAAUGACGGGAAAUCUUUCCACUCUCAAUGAGGGGCAAGAGCGUCAUGCUGGGAUAAAAUUAAAUCUUUCCAAAUCCUCGAUUCUCGAGCUACACAAAAAUAGCUAUCAGGCAAAAAAAAAGUGAGGAUAAAAUAAGGCUGGAUGAUUUCGAACAGUAGAGUAAAGCGAAAGAGGCGAAAAAUUGUUUUUAUAACAUUUCAUGUGAAAUCUUAUAGCUGAUAAGAGAUGCGUAAUGAUCGAUUGUUCAUAGAAAGCAUAAUUUCCAGUAAUGCGAGCUCAUACCUAGAAAGCAGUAAGGUGGGCUUAUUAUUUAGACAAAUCGUAGACGAGAUGCAAAUGCAAACCAUCACGCAAUUUACAACACAGGAGACACUUUGCAGCAAGAUGGGAAAAGCAAUUGUUCUAUUUUUUUCGACAUACUUUGUUCAACAAUUAAAAAAUAAUAACAAACCUAAACUCGUCUAACCGAUCGUGUGACAUACACAUAAACAAUAUAUGCUACGAUUGUUUUUACAGUUGCUUUCUAUACGGCUCGUUUAGCACUUGUAAGAGAAUAUUAGCAUGCUAUAUCUAGAGCACAGCACUUUACGCUCUCAACGGGGGGUUUAUUUUUUUCAUCAUUUUGCAAACAUUCGAUCGGCAGUGCUAUGUCGCAUUUUGUGAGUGGAUCGUGGCUUUUGACGACAUACAUGGAAGCACGUUAAAUGUUUAUAACCCUCUGCACCCUCCGCCCAACGUCCCAUUGCGCAUUCCAAACGAGUCUAUUAGCAUUCAUCAAGCUGCAUUACUUGCCCUAAGAGAAAACUUUGAAGGAUCAAUUUAAUUUCAUUUUUAUAAGAGCUCUAUAGAACCGUCAGCACAGGGGUUUUCUAAACUAAAUGUUUACCUUUAUCAGAUGGGCGUGCGAUUACACAAAAUUAGACUCAUAUGAUCAACACACUCUUAGUGUAAGUUAAGAGAUGCAGAAAAAUAAAGCGAAUGUGAGCGAAGGCAUGAAAAAAGAGAGCAGGGGUCCAUUUUAUAUAAGUGAGAAGAAUAUUGAAAAUGUGUGGAAAAUCACUCAUUUCAUAUGAGAGCAUAUAAGUUAAGACAGUUCCUCUGGACUGAUGCACUACAAUGUUAGGAAGAGGCAGAUUUGUUGGAAAGAAUGUUAAGAUUCAUGCAAAUAUUCAUUACGAUUGAGCAAAUAAACGCAGAAGAAGAAACCUGUAGGUUUGUACGGAUGGAUUUAUUUCCAACAGCAAAUACUGAAUGCACGUAAUAAUAUACGUAUAAUUUUUACAUCGGUUCGCCGAA